UCGCAUUGCAUUGUGUCGUGGGGAAGCAGGGAGUUGUUCAUAAUCACGUACACACGAGAUACGAUGAGUGUAUACACAGUCAAUAUUGUAAAACAAAAAUAGCAACGGGCAUGCAUGCAUAUUCCACAACACUGCACACAAUGUCCGGACUAAGGGGAUUGAUAGCAAUAAAAUGAUCACGGUGAACAGCUAAGCGACACUUCUAGUAAUCUUAAUUAAAAAAAAAGAGAGAACAAUUAUGGGAGAAUCAUCAAUAAGGAGCUGAUGGAGGUUUAGUCUGGCACCAAUGUUAUCAUGAACCACAUCGAGAAGGAACAACACGGCUCGAGGAUGGAUGCCAUACCACCCAUCAGGUAUUCCGCGACCUUGCCUCAUCCACGUAAAGGGGUGUGGGGUGCUGCAACAAGUAGGAUCAGCCCCAACCCAUCGAUCACCACUGGGGAGGACCUAAGACAUGAGAGUGACACCUUGGCUGAGAGGUGCCAAAACUCAGAGGAGAGGGUGAACUGUCAACUGAGGAUGCUAAGGAGGGAAUUGAAAGCGAUGCGGAUGCAGGACCAGUCUUUGCUACGGCAGCUUCUACGCAUCUACGGCAUGAUCAGCGAUCUCUACGGCAACGCUCAGGACCGGUCGCCUAGCAACCAACACAAGGCAUCCAUAAUGCCGGACGAGGUUCCCGACCUCCUAGUUCAAUCCGGGCACUUGGACAUCCGGGACGUUGUCAGUCGGUUGUCGCCGAUAAGGCGACGUAGGGGCAGUGACCCGGAGGCUCUAUUCGGUGACGUCAGCCUCGGCAGCCUCGAUUUUGAUGAAACUGAGGUGGAAGAUGUGUUCAGCAUGUCAUGUCCAGUGUUCAUCUAGGCCCAGCCCGGAUUCGGUCUCACCUCAAAGAGACGCAUCAUGUGCUUUAAAAGAACGCGACGCAGCUGGGAUCACCACGAGUCAAAACUAUGGUGGUUCAAACGCGCAUGUAACAGCAGACCAUGUGGAAUGACGCCACUGUGUGCUAGAGAGUUACUCAGAUAGACAAGUCCCCUGUCAUUAUCCACAAGGAUAAGGACAGGUAUUGGAUCAGGAAUCUCAUGGAGGCCUUGUGAAAUGAUACACGGUCAACUGUAAUUGCGUUCGAUUAGCUUCCUUGUCGACCUCGGGGUGCUCACUUGGGUGAGCCCCUGGGCCCAAUUUCAUAGAGCUGC